AUGCUGGCUCCCCACCAGCUCGACUCAGCAACAGCAACAGCAACAGCAACAGAUAAAAGUACCUCACCAUCAGCAUUGCGCGCAAACCAGUUUCAGUCUUCAUUUUCGCCUCGCGACAUUUCCACCGACCUUACUGAAUCAAUUGUUUUAGAAGAAGGCGGUGAAUCCGGAAGCGAAUCUGCUGUUGAGCCCGUCACUCCUGUCAGCGGUCGUCAUUCACAAGACUUCACACUUCAAACCCAGGACCUACAAGACCUUCAAAGCCUGCAGUCUUACCCAGCGGGUUCAGUCACAUCUUCAGGGGUUGGGCCGAUUGCGAUCCCAGGUGCCAACGCCGGCAACAACAACAACAAAGGGGGCUAUCUCUCACAGUCUGCAAGCCGACCACCCACUACCCCGACUACCCCAAGAGCAUCAGAGCCAGAGCCUGGUAGCUCCCUUACCCGCCAAUCGACUCGUGGGUCCAUUUCUACCGCGAGUUUCAAACGCACCAUGUCAAGUUUCUUUCGAAGAUCAAAUUCACAAGCCAGGAAUGACUAUACCCCUUCAGAAUCAGCAACACCGUCAGUCGUAUCCGCGCCAACUGAGCCCCAGACUAAUGGCCAGCCGCGGGCUGCGGCUCGUCGUCGCUUCUCCAUGAACCGUUCCUCUGCCACAACUCGUUCCAACUCUCCUCCCUCACCUAGCGACAACGGCCUCGAGAUGAAUCUUGCACACCGAGAACGUGACGGCGACAAGUCUCUUCCUAGCCAGGGUGAUUUCAAAAAGAACCGCGCAUCCACUGGAUUUACCUUGCGCAACCGAGCCAUCAAUUUCGUUGGUGCGAAUCACAACAGUCGAGGACAUGGCAACAAGCGCCCUGAAUAUAAUCGCCGAGCUAGCAGCUAUGAUGGCAGCCGCCCCAGCACACCUCUUCCACCACCCGCAGAAGGUGACGAGACUAUGUAUCCACCUGAGCGGAGUGUUUGGCCUCUUCCUCCAGAGUCUGGAACUGGUGCCAAGGCUCGCCGCAUGAGUCUGAGUCUUCCUGAUGAUUUUGCUGUGGAUGUGGCUGAGCUGCAAAGCGAGUUCGAAUACCAGCGCAAGUUUCUGGGUCGACAUGGCAAACAUCUUGGCAAGGGAGCUGCGUCCAAGGUCACACUCAUGAUGCGCAAGGGAUAUCCAGAAGAGCUUUAUGCCGUAAAGGAGUUCCGUGGAAAAUCGCACCGCGAAAGCCAGCAAGACUACGAAAACAAGAUUAAGUCAGAAUUCAGCAUCGCCAAGAGUCUACAUCACCCAAACAUUGUUGAGACCUUCCGCCUCUGUACCGACCAUGGGCGUUGGAACCACGUGAUGGAAUACUGCUCCGAAGGUGAUCUUUUCAGCCUCGUGCAAAAAGGUCACCUCAAGGGCGACGAUCGUAAGAAGGACCGUAUGUGCCUUUUCAAGCAAUUGAUUCAAGGCGUGUACUACCUUCAUGUCAACGGCAUUGCCCACCGUGACAUCAAACUUGAGAAUCUUCUCAUUACCAAGGAUAGCAAGCUCAAGAUAACCGAUUUCGGUGUGUCAGAAGUUUUCUGUGGUACUCACCCAGGUCUUCGUGAAGCUGGCGGACAAUGCGGCCGUAAUAUGGGUGGCGAAAUCCGCCUGUGCUCACCUGGUAUCUGUGGAAGUGAGCCUUAUAUCGCCCCCGAAGUCCUCGCCAAGCAGGAAUCUUACGACCCCCGAGCUCUUGAUGUGUGGAGCUCUGCGAUUGUCAUGAUUUACCUUACCUUUGGAGGCGCCAUCUGGUCCCGAGCCGAGCCUGGUGAACUUCACUACGACAAGCUUGUCACGGGCUGGAAUAAAUGGUAUGCGAAGCAUCCAGAGAGCGACGCCUCCAUCAGCGACAGCGAUUACCCUAAAUGUUACGCCCUCGACGUUGGCAUGAGCCCGCCUGCUCUGCGACGCCUUGUCCUACAGAUGCUGAACCCAGAGCCGAGCAAACGUAUCGGAAUCGACGAGGUCAUCAACAACCGCUGGCUGAAAAACGUUGAGUGCUGCCAGCUCGAAUCCUACGACGACCCGGCUUUACUCAUCGAUGCCACCAAGAAAGACAACUCCAUACAUGGCAACAAGAAGAUAUUCUGUCAUAACCACUUGCCCCCAAAGGGAACUGGCUCUCACUCCCUAGGCAAGAUGCCAGGCCAGGCGGGCUACUAG